GCUGCAAGCAACCCGGCCCCAAAUGUUUUCGCUGCAAGGGCUCCAAUAGUGCUGGACAAACUCAAAACGGUGAUCCCACGCAGUAACUUCGCAGGACUUUUAUCGUAUUGCUCCAUAAUGAGGGCGGAAAUCGAAGUCCAUUGAAUGCUUGMCAAAAAAUCGAUGCCGACCAAGAUCAAUCCAAUAGGUGCAAGGGAUCGCGAAAAUGACAUGUACAGUUUCAGUGAAGAUAACGCCACAAGAUAUAUCCACGAAGAUCGCUGUCCACCGAGAUAUUGGCAAACAAAUCCAUUCACGAGUUUGCCCAGGCCACCACCGAGGGAAGCCAUGCCGGCCACACUUGCACAAAAGGCGGAAGCAGCUUGUGGAUUCAGGUUGUGUUCAAUCGCCAUUGCUGGAACAGUUACGACAGACAACGUAACGGCAGCGAUGUUACAAAAGUAGGUCACAAAGACAACAAAAUCAAGUUUCGAAAGUUUUCCAGGGACAUCGACAUUUUUCAAGGCUACACUAUUCAAUUUUGAAGUAGUGGRAGUCUCUUCCGUCGCUGGGACUACUUCGGAAAUCUUGAUAUCUUCCGUCUUGUCAAAGGAAACGGUUCGGAAUUCGUAAUGAUUGUGAUACGCCGGACGAUGUAUCUGAUUCAAAAAGGACGUCUUCCUGCUUUUUAAGGCACCUCCCUUGGGAGGAAGUGCAUAGCUGCUGCAGUAACAGGAUCCAUUUGUGGCUAGAAUCAAUGCCGUGAUAAUCAUGCGYAGGUAGAGAGUGCGGAAGUAAUGCAUGGUGCGAUGCGUCGAAUAAAUAUUCAAGCCACGGCAGAUUCCUCAAUAGCGAUUCUGAUACAAUGCGAAGUUCGAUAGCUUAAAAAAAGUAKUGUGAUGGAGUUCAAAUGUGCAGCUGUGUUUACUUUAGCUGAAGCACAUUUUAAAUUCUAAACCUUUGAAUUGAUAAUGUGAAUCAUUAUGAUGGCAACCGCYGAUGGUCAGCCAGAGCCUAGAGUUGUCAUCGAACUAGUGCAGAAGCACGAGGAAAGAAUUUUAAGAACUUUGAUCAAGCACGUACGGAUUCGAAUCAACCACCUUCUCCGUAGGUGAGUACGGUAGUACCAGAUAACACGAAGUUCGAAUUAGAAACUUACGUGUGCAAAAGCAUGAUUGAAUUCAUUCUACGGUACGUACUCGUACUCAUAUUCAUAUCGCACGGUAUCGUGCCUACGGCAUUGUGGUACGGUACGUCUAAAAUAAUACUGUUCAAGUGCAGUACCGUACGUACGUAUGUACUUCGUAACAAGAACAACGGAUUUUGGAAUUUUSAAUCCUAAAAAACAAAUGUACCUACCAGUAGGUUACUAAAAAUAAAAAGUGAAGUGUGAAUGGAUUCCGUUUUYGAAGGACAGAACGAAUCUGUAACCCCGCCCAAGAUUCCUACCUAGAGCCAAAGACUUCGAGUACAGGUACGAGUACCGUGCAGGUACAUACGUAUCGUAAUCUUUUUCUGUGCACGUGGAAAACUAGAUUUCUCCGUGUCAGUCCGAAUGAACUGCAGAUGCUGGCAAGCAGCCGUUUCAUAUUUUAUUGAUUUACCAUGUCAUAAAUAAUAUGACAUACAGGUAGGUUGGUACUACUAGAGUUGCUAAAGCCAAGCCCCAUGCUUGCAAGAUGUUGUCAAUUUCUCGUACAAACACUAAUAGAAAGGUACCGGUACCUACGGAACGGAGCAUACGCUAGCAUCGGAUAUGCCAAAGGAUACCGAAUUCCCACCGAAUUUGACGACGAGUUCGAUUUUAUUAUUUAUUAUUUCAGUACGACGGUUCUGUGCUUGUGCGAAGUACGGGUACUCGUUUCGUCUUAGCUGUACUUGUUGUCGUACGAAGACAACAUCAUGAUUACCUCUACCGAAUAUCGGCAGGUGUCAAGUCAGCAUCCUGCAGUAAUUAUUGGUAAWCUCCCGAAUCAAGUGUCAUCGAUACGGUAAUGCCGCUUCGACUCAUAUUCGUCGUUUUCUUCCUCUUGCACGAGGCAACUGCUUUCCUGGCAACCGAAAAGCUUUCUCUCACCCGAAAGCAUGGUCGAAUUGUCACCUCAUUCACGGGAUCCAGAUUAGUAUCUCAAAACGGGGAAGGAUUGGUUUUGCAAAGUAAAACGUUUCAGGAAGAGGAGUUCAUUUACAACGCCMUUUUCCAAAAUACUCUUUUCGCCGAAUUACCCAAUGACUCAAAGACUCGAUUAGUUCKCGCUUUCGAGAGAUGCCAAACUAAGAAAGGAGAAAAAAUCAUAUCACAAGGUGAUAGCUGCGAGGGCGGUUCUGUCUAUCUUAUGAGAGAGGGAAAGUGUCGAGUUAUAGUAGAUGAAAAAGAAGUUCCAGAACCAUAUGGUAUACUUCGACCAGGGGCAAUMUUUGGCGAGCUCGGUAUCCUCUACGAAUCAACCCGUGGAGCCACUGUAGAGGCUGCAACUAGCAAUGCUACUUACUACCAACUCCCUGGCGACCUAUUCAAGGAUGUCUUGCAACAGUCUACAGAGUCUCAGUYCUGGUCAGAGAUGAAAGAGAUCGACUACGUAAUCAAUAAGGUUUUGGGAACAAAUGAAUUAUACGGUGGGAGCGUCAUCCUCCCGUAUAAACCAGAGCGUUUUUGGUUGUGGAAACAGUAUACUGGGACCGURUUGAGAAUUUCUCUCGUGACCACCCUAUUCAACAUGCUGUUUUGUAUCCUCUUUGUCGUUUAUGCAAGGAGUGUGACAGGCGAGCCCCUCUGGAGUAUAGGSGCUGGUGCACCURACAUCUCAAUCCCUUUCGUCAAGAGCUUGUCUUAUCUCGGUGACAUUUGGGAUAUUCUAAAAACUUUGACGACUUUCAUUCUUACCUUCUUUGUCAACCAAGCUUUUGGUUUCUGGAAAAGUGUGUAUCAACUCUCUCGCGAUGUUCAAAUGAGCUUGAGCGACUUCGACCUAUUGAUCGCGACGAACAUCAAAAGGGACGAGGAUGGAGUGCCUACUGCAGAAUCCUCKGAAUUUCAGAAUGAUAUCUCUCAUUAUGCUCGUUUGUUUUGCAUCCUGAUGUGGGCGAGUAAAGCGAACAGGUUUUCAUGCCUGACUGAACCCAAUGGUCUAAAACGAAUGGCAAGCCGWGGUCUCAUGACUAAGAAAGAACUAAAAGUCUUAAAAAGUUUGGAAGUAACAGGCGAUCGACUAUUUCUUGCCCCCUUAGAAUGGAUGAUGAUCCGAAGCAACAGGGCKAUGGAUGAUGGAAUUCUUGCCGGUGACACAGCAACAAAAGGGAGACUCCUUGGCGAAAUCACAAACCUUCGACGCAAGCAAGCUUCAAUAUCAAACAAAAUAGAUGGACGCAUGCCUCUGGCAUACGCUCACAUGGUCCAGAUUCUUGUGGAUACGUUCGUGUUCACUGCACCCAUCGCGUUGUACUCGGAUCUGGGGGAUUAUUCCGUGUUUGCAGUCGGUKUUAUCACACUGUUCUACAACGGACUCAAUUGUCUAGCCAAAAUAUUCUUAGAUCCUCUGAAUAAUGAGAGAUUCCAAGAAWACUCCAUCGUUAUGGAUUUAGGAGUAKUCCUACGAGAGACUAACGUUGCCUCCGAAGACGCCAGAAAGUCAGGGAGAAUGUUGCCUUUUGAUACACCAUAAAUUAUCCUUUGCAUCACCUGUAAUAAUUCYRACCGCGCAAA